AUUUGACUAAAAACUAGAUAGAAACGCAUAUAAAAUGAAUGCGCCACCAACAUUCGAAUCUUUCCUGCUGUACGAGGGCGAGAAGAAAAUCAUCAAAGAGCUGGACACAAAAGUUACGAAUGCGGCUAUUUUUACCAUCAAUAAGGAGGAUCACACACUGGGCAACAUGAUCCGCAAUCAGCUGCUGAAGGAUCCCAAUGUCUUGUUUGCCGGCUACAAGGUGCCCCAUCCCCUGGAGCACAAGUUCGUCAUACGCAUCCAGACCACGGCCGAAUAUUCGCCGCAAGAGGCCUUCAUGAAUGCUAUUACCGAUCUGCUAGCCGAGCUCUCCCUUUUUGAAGAGCGUUUUAAAGACGCCAUCAAGGAGAAGAAGGAGGGUGGCGAUUAGUUAUAGCUCUUCGGAAUGUAUGUACCUUUAGCAAUAAAAAACAAUAAAUAUCAA